GAGAGAGAGAGAGAAAGAGAGAGAAGCGGAAUCCGCGCGGACGGGGACGGGCGAGGAAGAGAGAGGGGCAGCGUGUGUCGCGAGCGUGUCUAACCUAGGAUAGUGGCGUUUAGUGGUGGCUAGGCUAGGCAAACCGAGGCUCCGUCCCGUUCAGUGUUUCCGCGCGCGCUUCCCCGGUCGAAGCUCCUCUCGUCUCGUCUCGUCUCUUCUCGUCUCGUGCGCGUCCAGUCUCGCGUGACAGGUCAUCGCGGUUGCGUUGCUCCUUUUGCGAAAAACGAUAAACGCGGGAAAACCACCAGAGGUGAUCGAGAGAUUUUUUUUUUUUACGCCUUCCCCGAGAGGACGUGCCGCGUCCCGCCCGAGGCGCCCCGUGUAAACAAAAACGGAGCAAUUGUUUAUUUGGGUUUGUGCGUGUUGGAUCAAGCUUCAGUGUGCGGAACAAUUUGCAGCGUCGUUUGAUUUUAUUAUUACGUGUGGCUCGUGAUGUACAGAAUGAAACAGUGGUUUUGAUUCGCUGAAGGAUUUUAAUCGCGAUCGCUAAACUUCCUGGGACUAGGUAUUACGAGACGAAGAAAGUUGCGAGAAGAAAGUGAGAAAGAAGUUUCUUUUUUUCGGAACUGUCUUUUUAAAUACGCUUUCGAAGUUCGAGCUUUCGAAAUAAACCUUAAUCGUCGAUGAUUUAUGGAUUUUUCAUAACUUGGUGUAUCGUCUUCAAGCACGAGUGAUUUCGAGAGACGCAGAAUUUUUCCGGUUCACUCGUAAUCUUCUCGACUGAUUAUCCGCGAGCGAUAUUCAUCUCGGCGUCUAGUCGCUUUCCUUUCGUGAAAAAAAAAGGGAAAUUUCCCGAGACGCGUACGUGUGCGUGGGUGGACGCGCGGUCGCGUGCGUGCGUCGUGCACGCGCGUACACAAGUCGCGUGGGCUGUCGCAAUUCGUUCCGAUAAAUAAUCGCGGGGAUCGACACGCCUUCUCUUCUCUUUCCUUCUCAUUUCCUCGAAAAAGGAAAAUUAUCGCGAGGCUGGAAAAAUUAGCGAGGGAACUUGCUCGGUGAAUACAGUGCCAGUGCGGAAGAAAUCAAGUGUGCGAAACAGACCUCGGAGACGAUUGCGUGUGCUUGGCUUCCUUCCUUCCUUCCUUUCUUUGGAGCUCCGCGGAACAGAACGGAGGCAAACGACAACGCGUAGGAAAAAGCAAGAGUCGUCCGGGCGCGGCUUGAAACGAAAGGAGAGGAGUCCCGGAGAGGUGGUUUUAGAUGUUAGAAGGCGCGGGGGUGGCUAAAGUGGCCCCGCCGCCGGGUCCCGAUGCCGGUCCCCGUAUCGCAAACGCCUACAUUGACCUCCACCCUCGUACCCAAGGAGGAAUCAAACAUGCCUUUCAUAGACGACGAGCUGUUCUGGUACUCUGACAAUGACGGAAAAAUGGAUCUGACCCAGUGCCUUCAGCAGAGCAACACGGGCCAAUCGGUAGAAUUUUCGCCGAUAGAGUUGAGUGCUCUGGUAGGAACGCCGGCGGCUUCGAAUGUGCCGGCAGAGGAGGGCGCGGACAUGUCCGGGAUCACAGGGGAGGAACUGUUCGAUCCCAUGGAUUUGCUGCGGGAAUUCGAUGCGGAGCCCAGCCAACCCACCUCCACCACGACCCUUUCCUCCUACAGGCGACAAAGGCACAACAUCGCCGCCUUGAAUCCUUUAUUAGCGGAAAAAUUGGCAGCCCCGUCGACGCAAACGUCUUCGACGUCCAUCCCUUACGCUUCGAGGGCGGAAAUCAAGACGGAGAACAUUCAACCAGAGCCGAGUAAAGUGGAUACCAGGGAAGUCCAGCCGCACGACACGGGCGAGAAGGAACAAUUAGGCCUCGCGAGCGUGAAAGUAGAGCCGGGAUCCACCAGUGCGACUACCACCAGUAGCACCCGUCUGCUCCAUGGCAUCCUCUCCCAGCAUCCCCAGCAGCACAGCCUGGGGCUGCAGAACGGAUAUGGCCGACACUUGGCCGGUCACGCUCAAAUGGGCCAGCCGCCUUACACUACUGCCGCCACGAGUACGCCAGGAAGCGGAUCACUGCCAGCAAGCCCAGCGGACAGCGGAGUCAGCGAUGUCGAGUCCAGCACAUCCUCCGGUGGCAACGAGGACGCGAAUCUCUUACUAAAAGCCAGGCUCAAUCCUAAUUCGUCCCUCCAGCCAGGUCUGGCAUCUCAUCACUCUCAUCUGUCAUCCGCAGCACUCGGCAGGACGGCCUGCCACAGCCCCGGGGUUUACCCGUCGACAGCGACCUUUCUGCCGCCCUCGUAUCAUCCGCAUCAGCAUCAUCCCUCCCAGUAUCAUCCGCAUCGGGGGAGCUCGCCGCAUCAUCAGCACAGCAACCACACCAUGGGUUCGACGAUGGGGCCGCCCCACCAUCACCACCAUCACCAUCAAACGCAGAGUCUACAGCACUUGCAUUACCGUCAGCCACCCUCGCUGUCCGAGAGCUACAACAACUAUGUGAACUCCAUGUAUGGCGGAGGCGGCCAAUUCGCGACCCCCUGCACCCCGAGCCCGCCGCGGGGACCCGGCGGCGUGCCCACCAGCGUGAUCCAAGCGGCCACCAGCUCGGUCUCGGACGACCUCUAUCUUCUCGAGCUGGGCUUCCCGCCGCGCUCGAAGAAAAGUAAACUGAAGAAGCCGCGUCAAGGUGAGGGCGGCGGCGCCGCGGUGAAGCGGAAAUCGCGCGAGGGCUCGACCACGUACCUGUGGGAGUUCCUCCUCAAGCUACUGCAGGACCGGGAAUACUGUCCGCGCUACAUCAAGUGGACGAAUCGCGAGCGGGGCGUCUUCAAGCUGGUCGACAGCAAGGCGGUCUCGCGUCUUUGGGGCCUGCACAAGAACAAACCGGACAUGAAUUACGAGACGAUGGGGAGGGCUCUGCGCUACUACUAUCAGCGUGGUAUUCUCGCAAAGGUGGACGGCCAGCGGUUGGUCUAUCAGUUCGUCGAGGUGCCGAAGGACAUCGUCGAGAUCGAUUGUACAGGCGCAUGAAACAGGGAGCCGGCCCGUCCCGCGGUGGACGAGGAAAAGGAGCUGCUGCUGCGGCGGCAACGCGGCGUCUCGACGCGAACUCGACGUCGAUCGUCGUUACCGUCAUCGCUGCUGAUGUUGCGGCGUCACGGGCCCGUCGUGGGAUUUCAUCCACGCGAAAAAACGCCGUCCAGCGAUUCUUCCCGCCGAGACGCGCCAAUCUGGCACACCCCUCAGACGUUGUAAAAUGCAUUUUUCCCUCUCCCUCUCACUUCAUAUAUCUUUCUCUCUCUCUCUCUCCCUCUCUUUCUUCUUCUCUUCUUCUGUCUCUCCCACCUUGCUUCUCUAUUUUUCUCUCUACACGUGUCCUUCUUUCUAUACUUCUCUCUUUCCCUCUGGCUUUGUUUGUUCCUUGUAUUAUACCUAUGUAAAUGUAUAUUAAGGCGCCGGAUGACGCGACGUCGUCGGAGGUGGUCCCGACCCAGUACCUCGUCCUCCUCCUGCGGUCCGUUUCUUUCUCGUGUGUCCGAAUAUCGCGUAGGAUCGAGACGGGAUCGGCAUCGUGUGAUUGGCGGCGCCCAAAUCGUUGAAAUUUGUACAAAAUUUAGUUUUUAAAGCGUCGAGAAGAGGAAACUAAAGAUUUUAUCUCGGGAUGUACCUUUUUUUGUGGAAGGACGCCGUGGACAAAUUACUUAAGCGUGAAACAUCGGAAAAAAGGAAAAUUGUACAUUCGAAAAAUAUAUAUAAAUUAUUUAUUGUAUAUUAGACGUUUAUAUAUGUGUGUUACCUAAGGAAUUUGUUAUGCGCGUUAUAUCCAUGUAAAUGGUAAACGUACGAAAACGGAGGAAAGUUUAGAGAAACAAAAAAACAAAAAUGUAACGAAAUGAGGGCUGUGAAUGGAUGAUGGUAGCGAGAGGAGAGGAAAAGAGACGAGAAACGAGCACGGCGAAAGAAUGAGAGGCAGCGUCUCUCGAUAGCGUUUCACGGAGCGAGCUCAGGGAGGGGUACACAUUAUAUUUUUUUAAGUAUAAGCGGAAGGGAUUGGCCCUUUCGAUUCGUGAGCCGAGGGGCUCAACAACGCAAGGUGCUGGCUAAUAUACAUACAUACACACAUACACACACACCGAGGUCCAACAAUAUUUAGCAAACCUAGUGUUACUGAUUCGUAUAAAGAUUAUCGAGACAGACAUUAUAUUAUAUCUCUGUGUAUAUAGAUAUAAAGAAUUUACCUUUAGUAAGAAAAAUUAUAUAUUAUAUUGAAUAUAUUAUAUAUAUUAUAUAAAUAUAUAUAUUAUAUGUUAUGUAGUAAAAAUGGAGCAAAGUUAAAUGUAUCUCUAUGAGAUUUGUCGUCACACCCGGCGACACGCGUAGGGAGCUUAACCGUCUCGUGCGCCCGCGACGUCUCUCCCUCGAAAUCGUUCUACUCUUUACCGUUUCCCCCCGAUGUUAGAUCGGGGAUGAAUUUUAUACAUUUGAGGACGCGUUUGCCGAUCGCGUUCGGCCCCCUCUUUUUAGUCGCAGUCAUCGCAACGCACACAUACAUUGCUCUGGUCUCGCAUGCUCAGACUGAUCGGAGACGUCGCACGUACAACAGAGAGGAAGCCCACCCGGGGCGCGUAAUAAUAAAGCGCGUAACCCUAGAGUAAAAUUUAACUUAUUGGCGCCCCGGGACGCGUGACGCGCGCGAAUGCGAGUGUAUCCUACGUAGCCCUAAGUUUUUGUACAUAAAGAGGAAUCGUCGCAAAGAGAUAUAUAUGUUUAAGGGAGAAAGAAUGUUGCCGGUUAUCCUCGCGAGAAUUAUCCGCGAGAGAAAGAAUACGACGAGGAAGGUGAAAGGAAAGGAAACGAAGAGUUGUACAGAUCACGCGCGAUGGUAAAACGUAACGCGUGUCACAGGCCGAUUUUGCAUUACAGCCUCGGGAUAUUUCGAUGAAACGAAAAAAAGAUAUACAGUACAUAUUUGAACAGUGAUCCAGUGCUGCCAAUAAUGCCUGUAAACGGUCCCUUCGGCAUUUAUCGCUCGAAUCGGAGUCUUUUCGAGUCGAGUGCGCGGUGCUAGUUAGAUUGAUCAACGUUUCGGGGGACACCAGACAUACCGAUGAUACAAAGCAAAUUGCCUUCUCGUAUUAACAAAGACGUGUUGCCUUCUAACAAAAAAAAGAUGCAUAUAAAAAGUUCUAGCGAUUUGUAUCGUAAACCGUCACUUUGUCCAGGUACUUAAACCUCUUUACAUACCUAGCAUCGUUUUAUGAAGAAUUAAAUUUUGUAAUUUUAUCAGAGUUCUUUGGAGUACGUGGCGCGACUUUUAUCGUACUUUGAAUACAAUGUAUUGGCGGGAAAUAG